AGAAAGAGAGAAACAGAAGGGAGAAAGACUGAGAGAGAGGAGACAGAGAGAGAGAGAGAGAGAGGCCAAAAGCAAAGCACUGGGCCUGAGAGGGAAAGAACAGAGGGAGGGAGAGAGACAGAGAGAAGAGAAAGAAAGAAACAAGGAGAAAGUUUAGAGAGAGAGAGAGACAGAGAGAGAUCAGGGCAGAAAUCAUCGAGUUAAAAAACCCAAAAAAGAACAAAAAUGUCGGAGCGAGAGAUAUCCCAAGCUCUCCACUCCCUCCUCCACGACUAUUCCACUUCCCAGUCCCAAUCCUCCGCCGCCGGCCCUCUCACCUCCAUGGCCGCCGUCGUCCACCACCUCCAGUCCAAGCUCGGCGUCGACCUCUCCCCCAAGCUCGACUUCAUCCGAUCCCAGCUCCAGCAACUCCUCUUCCAGCAACCUCACCCACCGCCGCCGCCGCCGCAUCACCACCAGCAGCAACAACCCUUUCCUCCUCCGCCGCCGUCUUACAAAGACCGUUAUGCCCCCCACCAAACGACCCCCAAUUUCCUCCUCUCUUCCGGCUACCCUCCGACGCACCAAACCCCCAAUUUCUUGCUCUCUUCCGGCUACCCACCGCCGCCUCACCAGCACCAGCACCAGCAACCCUUUCCUCCGCCCUCUUACAAUGACCGUUAUGCCCCUCAACAAACCCCCAACUUCUUCCUCUCUUCCGGCUUCCCUCCAUCUCACUCCCCCGGCUCCUUCAAUUUGGAAUCCCCUGCACCUGCUGGUGCUCCCCUCGAGUCUCCUAAGGAGAGAGGGGAGCCUCAUGUUGGUCUAAUGAGGUAUACUCACUUGCUGCUAAUAGUACUGUUGAAUGUGGCUCGUCUUAUUUGCAGUAAUAAGGGUAAGAGGAAAGGCGGGGCGGGUGGUUUGAACAAGCUCUGUGGGGUGUCGCCGGAACUUCAAGUUGUGGUCGGCCAUUCUACUCUUCCAAGGACUGAGAUUGUUAAGCAGCUAUGGGUAUACAUAAGAAAGCACAACCUGCAAGACCCGAGCAACAAAAGGAAGAUUAUCUGCGACGAUGCACUGCGUGUGGUGUUUGAGACUGACUGUACUGAUAUGUUCAAGAUGAACAAGUUGCUCUCUAAACAUAUCCUUCGUCUUGAUCCCGCCAGCGAGGCCAGUUCUAAGAAGCCAAAGGUAGAGGAUGAAGAACAGGAUACACAGGCUGCUCCGGCACCUGCACCUGCACCUGCACCUGAACCUGAACCUGAACCUGCUCCUGCACCUACUCCUGCAGAGAUAGAGGAUGAAGACAAGGAGUCUCAAGACACACAGGAUGCUGCUGCUCCUUCUGUGGGGAUAUCUGAAGAACUUGCAAACUUUUUCGGUGUUGGUGAGAGGGUGAUGCUCCAGUCAGAGAUUUGCACCCGCCUUUGGGAAUACAUCAACGCCAACAAUUUGGAGGAUCUUGUUAAUCCAACUGUGAUUGUAUGCGACUCGAAGCUUCAAGAGCUCUUUGGCUGUCAAAGUUUCCCAGCUGCAAAGUUAAUGGAAGUUCUAUCCCGUCAGCAUAUAUUUAGGGCUUGAGCAUCUGCAAAUGGCGGGUUGCUUGCUGCUAAUUGAAUGACUGGUUAGUAGAUGUUAGUCUAAGUAUUAAUGAUCAGGCACUCCCUCCACCUUCCUUAACCAUGACGACUGACGGUUAACCUUUUGUGGAUAUAGUUAGCUGUUUAUUCAUCCCUUUGCAAAGAUGGAAAUAGUAAUCUGAAGCUUUCACCCUUAGAUUUUGAAGUUGGGAGGAUAUCUCAUCUCAUCUUAGUGUUGUUAUUUGGGUUUCUCUUAUCAUGUAAGGCAGUUUGCAGGCAUAUGAUUUGUAUGUAGGUAGCUUCGUUGGUCUUGUUGGGCCUGCUGCUAUGACUCCUUGCUUUUGUUAAUUUGUAGGUUGGGGAAUAUUAACUUGGCUAGCUAGAUGUUGUACUGAAAAACUGAUGCACUUUAAUCUCAGCAAAACAGUUAUUCGUGGUAGUGUAGUGACAUUGGCUUUUGCUCUCUUUGGCUAUGUCGGACCAAACACACCAAGAUCUCAAUCCUGAGCUUCACUGUCUGCUAUCUCCCAU